UCUCGACCGGUACGCCGAGACCGUGGUCGGGUCGUGUACGCAUGUGUUUCGGGUUUUGGUGGACAACGAAGUCGUCGUCUUCCCGGUUGCCUAGCAUCGGCCACGGACCGCGUGUGCUGGCAUUGCUGCGACGAUUGCGCACCACAAACCAAACAAGUGACUUGUAUGCUCCGCCAAGGCAAUGCCAAACGCGUCGGUUCGUCAGUUCGCGCUGGAACGUCCUGGCUGACGGAGCAUAGGAACGGACCGUCUAUCGGAUAGAGUGUGUGUGUGUUGGGUUUAUUGGAGGAUCAUCGUGAGGAUCCUUGGUGGUCGGAAUUGAUUGCUGAAGUGUGUAAUGUGGAGUGGCUCCAUACGGCCAACGACAAAGUGCAACUUAUUCAACGCAACCCCAAUCAUUGGAGAAGAAAGGAUAAACAGUGUUAAUCAAAAAGCAAGUAAGGUUUUCGAGCGUUCCAGAAAAAGAGUGGUGUGUCCAUUUCGUAAUACUCCGUCCAGUCCGUACGCUUGGUGUGUUGUGACGCGUACGUAGUUUCGGAGUUUCGGAGCGCUCUCUCCCUUCACCUCAUUUCAUCAACAUGUCCACCACGUCCAGCUGGGACGACAGUGUGAAGAUGAGCAGCAACAACGCGCCAAACUCGGCCGCCACCACACCGUCAACCGGCGGCACCACCGUACAGACCGAGUCGACCAAAUGCGGCGGCAGUUAUGGUGCGCCGUCCUCGCCGAUCGCCCUGGAGGAAGGCGGCUGUCCGCCGAUCAAGGUCGCGGCGGGCGACGAGGAGCCGGCAUUGCAAAGGCCUCCGACGCCGCCACCCCGCGCCUACCAUUGCGGGUGGUUUGCGCUGCGCCCCAAGUGGAUGGAGCGGUUCAUGACGCCCAAGUGGGCCCUGUUUUGGCUGUGCUGGGCCGGUGCCGUGCAAGGAUUGGUAGUCAAUGGUUUCAUAAACGUUGUCAUCACAACGAUCGAGCGGCGGUUCGGCUUACGCUCGACCCAAACUGGCCUGGUGGCCAGUGGCUACGACAUUGCGUCCUUCCUGUGCCUCGUGCCAGUAUCGUACUUUGGCGGCCGGCUUGGUGCCUCGAAACCGCGCUGGAUCGGAUGGGGCGUAGCGGUGAUGGGACUCGGUGCGUUCGUCUUCGCUUUGCCACACUUUCUCGUGGGCCAGUAUCGGGCGACGAAUUCGGAUCAGAACGUGUGCACGCUGGCAACCGCACUAGUGACCAACGGUACGGGCGCAUCCGUGGAGGCACUAACGGAGCUGGUCGGUUGCAACCAUGACACAGUAUCGCCGCUGGCAAACGGUGGACAAGGCCCGACAUCGGACAGUGAAAACUUGUCGUGGAAUGUGUGGUUCUUCUUUACCGCCCAGCUGCUGCUCGGUGCGGGUGCAUCGCCACUCUACACCCUCGGCGUUACCUACAUCGACGAGAACGUCUCGAAGAAGAUGUCUUCCGUGUAUUUGGGCAUUUACUACACGAUGGCGGUGGUUGGACCGGCUGCCGGCUAUGUCAUCGGAGGCCAGCUGCUGCUCUUCUACACCGAUAUGUUCGUCGUCGAUGCUACCACGCUCGGUCUAACGCCCCACAGCAAGGUAUGGGUGGGGGCCUGGUGGAUUGGGUUCGUUUUCAUGGCAGCGUUCUGUUUGCUGCUGGCCGUCCCGAUCCUAGCCUAUCCGCCCGCCCUGCCCGGCUCGGAGAAGCUGCAGAAAGUGUCGGAAGCUCACCGGGGCGGUGACGACGGGGACGGUGAGCGGAGCCAGGAAACGUUCACCAAGAUCAAGCAGAUUCCGCGGGCGCUGCUCGCGUUGCUACGCAAUCCGACGUUUUUCUUCCUGAAUCUGGCCGGGGCAUCGGAGGGGCUGGUCAUAUCCGGGUUUGCCGUGUUUCUGCCGAAGCUGAUCGAGAACCAGUUCAGCGUGACGGCGGUCUGGUCCGCGCUGCUGAUGGGCAUCAUUACCGUACCCGCAGGCGGUGGUGGAACGUUCCUGGGCGGCUAUCUGGUGAAAAAGCUACACCUCUCCUGCUCGGGCAUCAUCAAAUUCUGUCUCUUUGCGACGAUUUUCGCCGCCCUAUUUACCGUAUGCUUUUUCCUCUCCUGUCCAAACCUCACGUUUGCCGGCGUUACCGCUCCCUACUUUCCGCACGAAAACCUCGACACCCCGUACGCCCGCUCGACGGAACCGCGCGAUCUCUACUAUCUGCCGAAAAAUCUAGACAACGCGUGCAACGACCGCUGUGCCUGCAGCCGACGGAACUACGAACCGAUCUGUGGAGCGGACGGCAUCAUGUACUACUCCCCGUGCCAUGCCGGGUGCAGCGAGGAGAUCAAUCUCGAGAACGCCAAAGUGUACCGGGACUGCACGUGCAUCAACGCGACGUUCCACGGCGAGCAGAGUGCGCUGUACGGUGGCGGCAGCUACGAUGCCGUCAACACGAUGUGCCAAUCGCGGUGCGACCAUCUGUGGAUCUUUGUGAUGCUUUGCUUUUUGGUGAUGUUUUUCACCUUCCUGGCGACGAUGCCGGCCCUGUCGGCGACGCUCCGGUGCGUGCACGACGAUCAGCGCUCGUUCGCGCUGGGGAUACAGUGGAUUAAGGUGCGCGUGCUUGGUACCAUCCCUGCGCCGAUGAUCUUUGGCCGGCUGAUCGACGAAACGUGCAUCUUGUGGCAGGAGUCGAGCUGUGAUGAUCACGGCGCGUGUUUGGUUUACGAUAACGCGUUCAUGAGCAAAUACAUGCUACUGCUGGCACUGAUCGGUAAGGCGUGCUCGAUACUGUUCUUCUUCGGCGCCUGGUUCUACUACAUCCCGCCCAAAACGAUCACCAACGGCGAUACGGCGACGCAUCAAAAGCAGACGGACAACACGACAAGCCAACAGAAGGUGCCAUCGAACGGGCAUAUUAAUCCUGCCGCGAUGGAAAAGUAUUGAGCGCGUAAUCAAACGAUGACCGACCAGAUAUGCUCAAUCUCAACAUGCAGCUUUUUUGUGCAACACCAUUGCUCUAAAGUCAUACAACAAACAGUACUCUUAAGUGUCAUAAUAGUCGUGUUUGUUUGUACGUUUUCCCGCGCAUUCCCAUUAAUUGAUAUUUAAGGCAAAUGGUUCUCACAUUCACACACACAAAAUAUCAUGUAAAAUUAACAUUAAUAAUCAUAUAGCGUAGAGCGCGCUUCGUGCAGCGGUUUAAAGUAAGUUCCAGUCAGUUAGAAAAGGUGUAGCAGUUUAGUAGCCGGCUCGGUGGGAUCGAUUCCAGAAUCGUUGAUGUUGUUUCACAGUCGUAGCGUAGUAGCUUUUCCUUUUGUUGUGUUCUCUUUCUCUGUAUCGUCCAAUGAUUCUCAGGAUUGUGACUGAAGCUGUAUUAAGAGCCGUUGCCGCUCAGUUUUUUUUUGUAUUUAGUCAUUUUGUCUUCGAUAUGUCAUAACCCUGCACUGAUAAUGACCAGUUUUAUAGGAAUAAUGGAUAUGUAUGUACUGCCAAAAAACCAAACUUGUAGACUCUAUAUAGUGUGUAAGAGGUCAUUUGAAUAAACUGAAACCCUUGAACUAGGAAAUUGGUUGAAAUGU